UCAACCAGUAGAGGUCGUUGGAUCGAAUCGAGGUACGACGAUAAUGUGGAGAGAUCGCAUCGCUGGGAAUCUCAGGAAGUAAACGGUGGCCGAGACGUAUUUUUCACUUCUUAUCUAAUAAAUUGGGCACGCAGAUGAUUCACCGAUAACUUUCCUCCAUGGUGGACGUAGGUCUUGCCAUAUUAUACGACUCGCUUACCUCUUACUAUCUGGUGUCUGUGUUGACAACUGUCGCUGCUCUAUUAGGUACUUACUGGUUAUGUCGAAAAAAGAACGUACAGCAACCAGCAAGUACAAAACCAGCAGAAGAAAGUAUAAAAAACAAAAACCUGAUACCAGAAGUAAAUGAUGAGAUAAUUGAUAAAGAAUCGUCCAAAGAGGUAAACAAACCUGCACGCAUUGCUGAAAUGGUUAUCAAUGCUGGCUUGACAGAACAACAGAAACAAGAAGAAAAAGAGGUGCAAAAGCAGCAGCUGUCUGAAAUUUUCCGUCUCAUGCAAGAACAAGCUGAUAAAUUUGGAGUCACAACAAUGUCAGAUGUAGAAGAACAGAUGAAAUUAUAUCGCUAAAUUAAUUGUGAUGCUUCUAGUCUAUUUAAAAAAAUUGUUAAUUAUGACAGGGUAUAAAAUAAACAAUCUUUCAGAUUCACAAUAUUAAGAUUCCA